CGCCUCUGCUGGGAGAGACCAACAGGUGCCCCACGUGGCUGCGAGUCGCAGCUCCCACCCGAACGGAGCCCAGCUUACGCCGCAGGCAGAGCAGCUGUGCGCUCCGCGGGUGGGAGCCCCACGCUUUCCAACAAGCGGAGCGGGGCGGGGUGGGGCGGAGGACUGGGCGCACCCUUGCCAGUGAGCGAGCGAGCCUGCGGAGCCCCAGCCCUGAGCCCGCGCCCCUACCUGCCCAGCCGAGCCGAGUGCCGCCGGCUUUGUUCGCUUUGUCCGCGCGCACCUAAGCGGCCCGCCUGGAAGGACGCCAUCCGGGAGAGGGAGAGCGCACGCGGCGUCGCACCAGGUCUAACAACAUGCCUCCACUUCUGCUUCUACCAGCCAUCUACACGCUCCUGUUCUCCAGAGUGUCCCCGACCAUCUCUCUUCAGGAAGUGCAUGUGAGCCGGGAGACCCUGGGGAAGAUUGCAGUGGCCAGCAAAUUGAUGUGGUGCUCAGCCGAAGUUGACAUCCUGUUUCUGUUAGAUGGCUCUCACAGCAUCGGGAAAGGGAGCUUUGAGAGGUCCAAGCGCUUUGCCAUUGCUUCCUGUGAUGCCCUGGACAUCAGCCCUGGCAGGGUCAGAGUGGGAACCUUGCAGUUCGGUUCCACUCCUCAUCUGGAAUUCCCCUUGGACUCCUUUUCAACCCGGCAGGAAGUGAAGGAAAACAUCAAGAGGAUAGUAUUCAAAGGUGGGCGCACAGAGACGGGCCUAGCCCUGAAACGCCUGAGCAGAGGAUUCCCCGGAGGCAGAAAUGGCUCUGUGCCCCAGAUCCUUAUCAUCAUCACGGAUGGCAAGUCCCAGGGGCCCGUGGCUCUCCCGGCUAAGCAGCUGAGAGAACGGGGCAUCGUCGUGUUUGCCGUAGGAGUCCGUUUUCCCAGGUGGGACGAGCUGCUCACGCUGGCCAGUGAGCCGAAGGAACAGCAUGUGCUGUUGGCUGAGCAAGUGGAGGAUGCCACCAAUGGCCUCCUCAGCACCCUCAGCAGCUCCGCGCUCUGCACCACUGCUGAUCCAGACUGCAGGGUGGAACCUCAUCCGUGUGAGCGGAGGACACUGGAGACCGUCAGGGAGCUCGCUGGCAAUGCCUUGUGCUGGAGAGGAUCAAGGCAAGCAGACACUGUGCUGGCUGUGCCCUGUCCCUUCUACAGCUGGAAGAGAGUGUUCCAGACACACCCUGCCAACUGCUACAGAACCAUCUGUCCAGGCCCCUGUGACUCCCAGCCCUGCCAAAAUGGAGGCACUUGCAUUCCAGAAGGCGUGGAUAGGUACCACUGUCUCUGCCCACUGGCAUUCGGAGGGGAAGUCAGCUGUGCCCCGAAGCUGAGCCUGGAAUGCAGGGUCGAUGUCCUCUUCCUGCUGGACAGUUCUGCGGGCACCACACUGGAGGGCUUCCGGCGGGCCAAGACCUUCGUGAAGCGCUUCGUGCAGGCCGUGCUGAGGGAGGACUCCCGAGCCCGAAUUGGGAUAGCCAGUUACGGCAGGGAUCUGAUGGUGGCGGUGCCUGUCGGGGAGUACCAGCAUGUGCCAGACCUGAUCAGGAGCCUUGACAGCAUUCCCUUCAGUGGUGGCCCGACCCUGACUGGGAGUGCCUUGCUACAAGUGGCAGAGCAUGGCUUUGGGACUGCCAGCAGGACUGGCCAGGACAGGCCACGCAGAGUAGUGGUUCUGCUCACUGAAUCACGCUCUCAGGAUGAGGUGGCUGGGCCAGCAGAUCACGCAAGGGCUCGGGAGCUGCUCCUCCUGGGCAUGGGCAGUGAGAUCCUGCAGGCGGAGCUGGUGAAGAUCACAGGUAGCCCGAAGCAUGUGAUGGUCCACACAGACCCUCAGGAACUGUUCACCCAAAUCCCGGAGCUGCAGAGGAGGCUAUGCAGCCAGCCACGACCAGGCUGCCAGGCACAGUCACUGGACCUGGUCUUUCUGUUGGAUGCCUCUGCCUCCGUGGGACGUGAGCACUUUGCCCAAAUGCAGAGCUUCAUCAGGAAAUGCACCCUCCGGGUUGAUGUGAAUCCUGAUGUGACACAGGUUGGCCUGGUGGUUUAUGGCAGCCAGGUUCAGACGGUCUUCGGGCUAGACAUCCAUCCCACCCGGGCUGCCGUGUUGCGGGCCAUGAGCCAGGCUCCCUACCUAGGGGGUGUGGGUUCUGCUGGCACAGCCUUGCUGCACAUUGAGGACAAGGUGAUGACGGUCCAGAGGGGUGCCCGCCCCGGUGUCCCCAAGGCCGUGGUGAUGCUCACAGGCGGGAGUGGGGCAGAAGAUGCAGCUGUCCCUGCCCAGAAGCUGAGAGGCAAUGGCAUCUCAGUCUUGGUCAUGAGUGUGGGAGCCGUCCUCAGGGAGGCAGUACGGAGGCUUGCCGGUCCUCGAGACUCCCUGAUCCAUGUGGCAGCUUACACGGACCUUCUGUACCAUCAGGACAUGCUCAUCGAGUGGCUGUGUAGAGAAGCCAGGCUGCCAGUCAACCUCUGCAAGCCGAGCCCAUGCAUGAAUGAAGGCACCUGUGUCCUGAAGAAUGGCAGUUACCGAUGCGAGUGCCGGGGUGGCUGGGAAGGCCCCCACUGUGAGAACCGCAUCUUGAGAGGCGAUGCCCCCAUAGCACGCAGCUUCCGCCAAGAGCCUGCAGGAAGACAACAGCCAACCCCCUCCCAGCUAGCUCCCAAGCAUCUUGGAAUCAGAAAGGCCCUGUCCUCACCCAAGUAAAUCCCCUGGGGGCCCUGGAGCAUCUGCUUCCAGCUCUGCCACAGGGGACACUGCUUGGGACAGUAGCAGGUGAUGUUGGGAACACCUAAUGUGUCAGUAUUUAUCUCCUGUAUCCGUUUGUACCUUGCUGAGGUAAGCUGCCUGUCAUUUUUCCUGAGGAUAAGAGGCAGGCCAGAGAGAUCUGAUGACCUGCUUGAGGGUCAUCACAGAGGCUAGACAGAUGUUGGUGAGGUGAUAACACUUUGAAGAAGACUCUGUCAGAGCUCACCGCCUGGUGAUUGGUGCAAAAGGCAGGUUUCCCUAUUUUCCAAAAGACAGCUCCUGUGGAUUUAGUUUGAAAAGGGAUUACAUGUCAUUUGUGAUUUUUUUCUGGUGACCAGAUCUGGGUGUGGGAGAGACCUGGGAAGGUCUCAGACAGCCAUUUGACCAGUUACCCAGUUUGUGUGUAGGGGAGGGGCAUGUUGUGUGAACAGCCUUGUGUGACUGGUCUGGGUGCUGAACGAAUCGCCUCAGAGGGGCUUCCUUUCAGAGUUUACUCAGGGGAGUGGCAGUGCAUUGGCUGCCCUCUUCUUAGUGGUGGCAAUGAUGAGCAGACUUCUCAAACUCAGCAAGGGAGGGAUGACGGGGUGCUCAGGAGGUUUGCUUUCAAAGCUUACUGUGCUGCUCUGGCUUAAUGUGCAUCUCACGCCCAUUCGGUAAUGUUUCAAGACAGAUUGGUUGGUUGGUUGGUUGUUCGUCCAUCAGGACUGUAUCAGCUGGCAACGAGGAUUCUUUGGAAUAUCUUUGGCAAACUAGGUACUUAACUGCAGUGCUAACACGUUCCCUGCCCCUUUCUUGUGCUGUUUGAAGCUGGGUUUUCAGAAGAAGCCAUUUGUAGAGCUCUGAGAGAUGAGCGGCAUUGGUAAUGGCAUGAGUCUGUGCAGUCAGUGCUCUGUGCGCCAGGCUGGCUGGCAGAGAAGCUACCCCAGGUUUGCAGUCUGCCCUCCCCAUCCCUGACCCCGAUUUUCUUCCUUCACAUUUACACACUGGGAAUGGAAACAUUACGUAUUGUUAUAUUUCGAUCAUUGAACCGAUAUGUAGACAUUUUCACAGCAGAACAGUGCUAAUGUCUUUGUGGGACACCAGGGCUUCCCAAACGCCCGUACAGCUGCAGUCACAGUACCUUCCUAUAAACUCCUGUCCCGGUUUGUACUUACGGUUUUCUUGUCAUUCUGUUAUAUUCUACUUUACUUUGGGUUGUCAGCACCAUGUUCAAGGAGUCAGAAUUUGGUCUUGAUGAUUUUUUUAAAGAUAAAAUAAAACAUUUAUGUUCU